AGAAUCCCACGGUUGCAAAGCCGCCUAUACGACAACAGACGGACUUGCAGUCGCCGCAGUCAAUUGCUAUACGAUGCACCCAAUGGUAUAACAGUGUGAAAUCUCGCCCAUCCCUUGCAAUGCCUGCCUUUCCCCGGGGCUUCGAUGCCUUCCUCCGCACCAACACGUUCCGCCUCCCCUCAUCUCUCCGCGCCGCCCUCUUCGGCACGCCAGAGUCCUUCUUCCAACCCACAUCGGCUCAGCGCAGCACCCGCUUCUUCGCCUCGUCCGCCUUCCGCCGCUACCAGUAUACCUACAAAAGCAAUCUCAAGUCGAGUUUUGUCAGCAAUGACCCCGUCCUGCGACAAGUGGCCCAGACCCGCCAGCCCGUCUUGAUAUACCAGGCCCCGCGCAACAAGUGGUAUUAUGCCAAAGUGUACGGCACGGGCGCCCUGUGGAUUGGCGUCGGCGCUUUUUCCAUGAAAUUCAACAAUGACAUCAAAGAUAGAGAGGUACCGUUCUUCGUGCGGCCUACCUAUGUCGUUGUCGGGGCGGCGUUUAUCGCCAUCGGGUGUUAUAUCUGCACCGCGCCUACAAAUCGCAUGAGGAUACUGGAAGUCAUACCUAGUUUGCAAGGCGGACCCAUACAAUUACGCAUGACGGUCAGAGCAGCCCCAUGGUCCAAGGAGCGCGUCAUCUACUCGCAACUGGGAGAAGCGACUAUCAGCGAAAAGACAGAGCCCAUGGUACGAGAGCUGCUCGAGGCAGAAAGGUUUCGAAAGCAGAAACUGUGGGACGACCUUGGCCACUUGAACAUCGCAGCAAGAGCCUGGGAAGGAUCCGCCCGCUGGGUGCACCAGAAGUGGACAAACUUCUUCUUGCGAUUUAAAUUCGCAGUCCUGCGCUUCGGUAUUGCAAAAGUCAAGGUGCAAGGCGAAGACUGGAAGAUUGAUUGUUCAGGAUACUUGAUGGAGGACGGUAAAGCUGUCGAUAGACUCAUUGCCGAAGAAUAACAAAAACGGCUACUACUGUACGAUUAUGGACCUUUUGUACAUAUAGGAAAUGUAUAACCAAGACGCAAUGUAAAAAAAAUCAAAUACGCUUAAAAUAGGUAUCAUCUUCUCCAUCUUCCAUCCUCCAUCCCUCUUUCUCCAGAGAAAAAAGAAUCAUUCACUUAUAUCAAGCCAAUACCCCGACUUGCCCUUUCCCUU